GGCUUUAAGUAUCUGGGAGUAAUGGAACCUCCGAUAACAUACUAUACAAAAGCAGAGUACAUUGAGACGGACACUGGAAACAAAGUCAGUCGAAAGUCAGUCAUCUGCGGAAGUCAGAAUAUUGUUCUAGGAGGCAAGACCAUUAUCCAAACGGAAUGCAUUGUUCGCGGUGACUUGCGCCGAACGGGAGGGGGACACGCUGUUGUCAUUGCUAUUGGGCGAUACUGUCUGUUAAGCCAACGAUGUAUCUUGCGGCCUCCCUAUAAAACCUACAAAGGAGUCUUCAACUACUACCCAAUGAAGAUAGGUGACCACGUUGUUAUUGGGGAAGAUAGCGUUGUAGAAGCCGCUCAAAUAGGAUCACAUGUACAUAUCGGCAAAGACUGCGUAAUCGGACGAUUUGUAAUCAUUAAAGACUGCUGUAAAAUACUUGAUGGAACUGUUAUUCCACCUAACACAGUUAUCCCAUCGUUUUCAGUAUACGGCGGAAAUCCAGGGAGGCUUGUUGACGAGCUCCCCGAAUCCACGCAAGAAUUGUACGAAGCCCGAACGAAACAAUUCUAUUACGAAAAAUUCAUAGCCGAGCACGCAUAGUGAACGUUGUGAUACCCAUUUCAGAGUUGCGAUUGUACAUAUAUUGUAUUUAAAACGGGUUGGUAAACCCAUUGUUUGAUGUCGUGAAUGUGGCGAUUGUCCCUUUAUCCAA